GUGAGGCCAAGCCCAGAGGCUGUGGCCUCUGGGUACUGGGGCAGCCCCUUGCUGGUGGGCAAGGCUCACCUAGAGGCGAGGCCAAGCGUGGAGGACCCAGCCUCUGGGUACUGGGGCAGCCCUGUGCUGGCCCCACCGCCGAGCCCCCAGCACCAACGGGAUGAGGGUGGGGAUGGAGCGAGGCUGUCGGUGGCCCUGGGGUGGUGCCAGGGUGGAGGCUGGGGCAGUGGGUGCCCUUUGCUCGGUGCCAGCAGCUCCCGUCUCCGCGGCGGGGCCAUAGAGCGGGGCGUGAAGGCGGCGCCUGCCCCGUCCCGCCUGGGCAGAGGGCGUCGCGGCGGAGAUAACCGCACCGUGCGGCCUUGCCCCUGCCGUCUUGCGCCUCUGUCACACGCCACCGCGCUCACCGCACACGAGGGAGGGAGGGGGGCAAACUCGUCCCUUCCCUGCAUGGCGGGGUCUGGUGAAACCCAUCCAGCACCACGUCUCCCUCCUCACCACUACCCCACUACCACCAUUUUGGGGUCUAGCAUCCACAGCAGGGCCCGGCCUCACCCAUGGGUGGCACAUCAGCCUCCUGCCCUCGCCGCAGGGCACUCGAGAUGCAACAGAUGGACGCGUUGGUCAACGAGCCCCGGCCCUUCAUGCCUUCGUCCCCCGGGGGACAGCAGGGACCCCGAGGGGCGGAGGGCACAGGCAGCCCCCUGGGGGCCAGCCCAGCCCCGGGCACGAGGACUGGCAGGGACCGACGUGACAUGGGGAGGUGACGAGUGGUAGAGUCCAAGCCAACGUCUUCCCCGGAUGUUCUCGACACCUAUAAAAAGUGAUUAAUGCUGAUACGUUCGUCUGAAAAAAAAAAAGGGAAAUUGUCCCCGAAAUGGGUGAAAGUUCAUGGGCAGCUGCGGAGCCUGGACUUCGCCCACGGGCCCCUCCUGCCCUGCUCGGCGGAGGAGGACAAAAACAUUUGGCUAAUGAGUUACGGGGCGCAGUGGGCCUUCCCCCGGGCUGCCCUGCCGUCGCACACCGCCGGCCCCAAUCAGCACCCGGGCGAUUUUGCAAUCCUGGCCGCUAUUUCUGUGCCGUUGGAGUUUAAACUUUGCCACUCGGGUCAGGGCGAGGAGGAGGAGGUGGCUGGACUCGGCGUCCGCCCCGCUGCCGUGUGCCGAGGGGGUUCAGAAGCCGGGACGGAUCCGCUGGUUUUGGGAUCUCACGCAGCCAUGGCCUCCACUGUGGGUAGCCUCGACAGCCUCGACCUGCUGGACCUCCUCUUCGACCGCCAGGACGGGAUCCUCCGUGGCGUGGAGCUGGGGACAUCCCCGGGCACCUGGCACGAGGAUGGGCACGCUCGGGACGGCGACGACUUCCUCAGCUCCAUCCUGGGCUCUGGGGACUCAGCAUCCGACUCUCCCAGCUGGUCCCCAGCUGCCAGCGACAGCGGAGUCUCCGAGGACCCCUCCUCUGACCACCUCGACAGCCCCCCGGGGUGCUGCGACGGGGUGCUCGGCGAGGCCCCGUACCCCUACGCCAACCCCUGCCAGGUGCUGCCGCUCCCCGGGGGCACUGGGGCCCCGCGCCCCGAGGUCUCCAUUGACCUGGACAUGUGGCACCCCGGCUUCUUCAUGGAGGAGGGCCGGGACCUGCCCGUGGUCUCCGCACCCGCGUCCUGCACCCUCACCGUCAAGGACCUGCUGCUCUCAGGCAGCUCUGACGCUGUGAGUCCCCAUCACCGUGUCCCCGUCGCUCCUUGUCCCCAGCCCUGUCCCUCCCCGCAUGCCAUCCCCUGUCCCUUUCACCAUCCUUCCCUGCCCCUGUCCUUGUCCCCUCCCUUGGACCGUGGUCCCCGUCCUUUCCUCCUUAUCCCUGCUACCUCCAGGACCGCCACCCCAUUCCUGUGCCCAUCCCUUCUUCCCCCCCCCCCCCACAUUUGUCCCCUUUCCCGCACCAUGUUCCUAUUCCUGUCCCUUCCUGGGUGCCACCCUCACCCUGGAAGCGCGGUGCCCACCCGUGGCCCCCCGGGGCAGGCACGGGGCGAGCCUGCAGCCCGGGAUUUUCACCUGCCCGCGGUCCCGCAGCAGCCGCAGGUGCCCAGCUCCCUGCUGAGGCAGAGCCAGGGCCAGUUCCAGGAGCUGGUGCUGACGGAGGACGAGAAGAAGCUGCUGGCGAAGGAGGGGGUGUCCCUGCCCACGCAGCUGCCCCUCACCAAGUACGAGGAGCGGGUGCUGAAGAAGAUCCGUCGGAAGAUCAGGAACAAGCAGUCAGCGCAGGAGAGCCGCAAGAAGAAGAAGGAGUACAUCGACGGGCUGGAGAGCCGGAUGUCAGCGUGCACAGCCCAGAACCAGGAGCUGCAGAGGAAAGUCCUGCACCUGGAGAAGCAGAACUCCUCCCUCCUGGAGCAGCUGAAGAAACUCCAGGCCCUCGUGGUGCAGUCGAGCAACAAGGCAGCACAGACGGGGACCUGCAUCGCGGUCCUGCUGCUCUCCUUCGCGCUCAUCGUCUUCCCCUCCAUCAGCCCGUUCGCCCCGAGCAAGGCCGAGGCAGACGGGGACUUCGGACCGGUGCGAGUUUUCUCCAGGUCCCUGCACAACGCCGCUGCCUCCCGCGUGGCUUACGCGCAGCCCCGAGCCAGGGACGAGAAGCCCCCGGAGCCGCUGUGGUCGGAGCACGCAGGCGAAAGCCUCGAGACGCUGCACGAAGCUUUCAGCGGCCGCUCCUUCUCUCCGCGCCCGGAUGAGGCUUCGCCCCGCAACAGCAGCCAGCCGCUCGCCUCCGACAGCCUGAGCCACGGGGACAGGGAGCGAGACGGAGCCACGUCGGGGGAUGGCAGCACGUCGGGGGGUGGCAGCACGUCGGGGGACGGCCUGGCAUCGCUCGCGUGGACCAAGGGCGACCACAGCAGCCGGCCCGCGGUGCUGGAGCCGGCCGAGGAGCUUUAAGCAGCACCCAGGGACCACAGGGGAUGCGCCGGGGUGGCUCAGCACCCCAUCCCCUCUGGGACAAGCCCUCGGGGUGGCCCCCCAGGGUCCCCCUCCAGGCGUGGACAGAUGCUGGACCCACUUGGCUUUGCUUCUAUCUGUGAACUGGGAAGAGAAGACUGGUUCCCAUUGGCCUUACUGGGAGGGAAGGAAGGGGCUGCUCCUGCCCCCUGGGUGCAGCGGGGGUUGCAGAAGGGACAGGGGGUUGGUCAAGGUGGGGAGGAGGGGACCCAAAAGGCCCCGGUCUGGCUGGUUGUUGACACUGCAACGUGGUGGUUUUGUUCACCUUUUUUUUUUUUUUUUUAAACUUCAUUUUCAUCACUAAAUAAAGGUAUUUUGGAAAAAAAAUCACCUGCCUUUGUUUAAUACAAUCGGGUUUUAUAGGCGUUUACUAGGGUGAUCCACAGGGUUCCUUGGGCAGGGGACCUCUCCGAUCCAGCUGCCGUGAGGUGCCAGGACCCAGCAGAGCUGGGAUUUUGCUGUGAGCCACCACCAGAUCAGCCCCCGCUCUAUUUAAGACUGCAACACCUGCCCCAAGGACCCCGUCGUGUCACCCCCGCAGCGUUACUGGCCCAGCACCCUUGUCUCUGGCCCCUCCGAGGUCUGUAGGGCACAGCUGGGCUCUGCAAACCCCUCCUCACAGAGAGGGAAUUGCACCGAGCGGGGCCGCGCCGUUUUCAAGCAGGGGCCGUUCCUCCCCGGCUGGCAGGUGCGAGCUGCCCAGACACACACAAUUCGAGUGUAUUUAAUACUUACAU